UGCCGACCGAGGAGAUGGUGCUGCCGAAGCCCUUAGCGCUGAGCGGGCUGCCCGGGGAGAGGCGCUGAGAUCUCGGGGAGAGGGGCGCGGGCCCGUCAGUGGGAGUCACUGAAGAGCCGGAAACCUCAUGACGACGUCCGCAGCAUAAAUAUGGCAGACUUCCUAGAGCCAGAAAGGAUAAUAAACUGGAAAGAAAGAUGCGUAGUUAUGGAAUCUCAGCUGAUGAAGUUUCGCCUCCAAGCAAGCAAAAUUAGAGAGUUGCUUGCAGAGAAGAUGCAGCAACUUGAAAAACAAGUUAUUGAUGCGGAUCGUCAAGCAGAAAAAGCGCUUCAGCAGGUGCAGAUUAUGGAGGAGAAACUAAAAGCUGCUAAUGUCCAAACCAGUGAGUCAGAGACACGUUUAUAUAAGAGAUGUCAAGAACUGGAGAUCCUCGCUCAAGAGAAAGAUGAUGCUAUACAGAACCUGGAACAACAGCUUGUAGAGCAGAAGCAAAUCAGAAUACAAGAGGCUAAAAUUAUAGAAGAAAAAGCAGCUAAGAUUAAGGAAUGGGUGACUGUCAAGCUUCAUGAGCUAGAAACAGAGAAUCAGAACCUCCGCAUGAUCAAUCAAAACCAAACUGAAGAGAUUAAGGUGUUGCAGACUAAAUUGCAAGAGCUUCAGGGGAAGAAGUCUGUUUCUUCAUCACAAAAACCUGCAGAAGGCCAGCGACUGAGCAGUUUGACUUUUGGAUGCUUCUUAAACAGAGCAAGAAGUCCUCAGCAAGUUCCUAAACCUGAAGAUACAAGCAGUUCUGCCUCAAAGCAAGUUGAUCUUAGCGAAAGCAACAAAAGUUUAGAGAAUGAAAUUCAGGAAACAUCCCUUGCUGACCAAACAUAUGGAAAUAACAGAGGUCUGAAACCACUACAACAAAACUCUUGCAUACCUGAACAAAGGAUGGCAGGGAAGUCAAAAGAUAUAGAUAAUAAUAUAUCAAAGAAUUCUUGCAUUACAGUAAGUGACUGGAGCUCUGAUGAAGAAGGAAGCAAAGGAAGACCGAAAUCCAGAUGUGUAUCUACAUUUUCAAGUCACGCAUCUGAAGAAGGCACAGGGUACAGCAGAAUUGGGAGUGAAAUGUAUUUGACAGCAUCAGAUGACAGUAGUUCCAUGUUGGAAGAAGAAAGUUUUCAAGCUCAGGGAAGUGUACAUAAACUAUAUUCCUGGCAACAAGGUUCUUUGUGGAAAAAUCAGAACCAUCUGGUUGGAAAGAGCAACUUGGAAUCAUUCAGUGAAAAAAAAAGUCAUGAUAGCUUUUCAGAAGAACUGAAUAAGAGAUUUCAAUCCCACAGGCUAGAUUAUUCAUCCUCUUCUAGUGAGGCAAAUACUCCAAGUCCAAUUUUAACCCCAUCUUUGGCACCUAAGCAUCCAUCACUGAUGUUGGCAGCAAGCUCUCAGUCUGGCAAACAGCUUGAUUCUCCAUCUAAUCUGCCACCUCCCAAACUGAGGACUCCUAGUGCUUUUAUUCUAAGUACAGCAUUGGCCAAAAAGCAUUUUAGCCAGCCUUCCUUGUGUUCAGACAAACUGUUUGGCAGAAACAGAAAUGCUAUAAGUAUGAUACGUCCUUUUAAGCCUCAGGAUACAGACAUUGAUCAGAUAGAUGGAGAUGGCACGGAGGUUUUUGAGAAGAUGGAGAUUAGUUGUAAUGAAGAAUCAUUUACUUAUGACUGCUGUGAAAUGAAAGACAUAGAAACCCUGCAUUCGAGUGAUUCAUGGAAGGUGAUUAACUGUAAACCUCCUCCUCCUCCGCUGCAUCGAUUCCCCUCUUGGGAAAACAGAAUUUAUGCUGUAGCCAAGUCAGGUCUGUGCUUUUCUGAGGCCUUCAACAUGGAGUCCUUCAAUAAAAAUUCCUCUUCUUCAACUUCAUAUUCUCCAUCAGGACUCUACACAUCAUUAAUAUAUAAGAACAUGACUACACCAGUCUAUACCACUCUUAAAGGGAAAGCAACACAAAUCAGUAACAACCCAUUCUUAGAUGACUCGUCUGGGUCUGAAGAAGACAGUUCCCGAUCCAGUUCACGGACAUCUGAAUCAGACUCUCGAAGCAGAAGCGGUCCUGGUAGCCCACGGGCUAUGAAACGAGGGGUCUCUCUCUCUUCAAUGACUUCAGAAGGUGACUACGCCAUUCCUCCUGAUGCCUACUCAACUGAUACAGAUUACUCAGAACCAGAACAAAAAUUGCCUAAAACCUGUUCAACAUCUAGUGAUAAUGGAAAAAAUGAGCUGCUAGAGAAAUCUGGAUAUUUGUUAAAAAUGGGUGGUAAAGUAAAGACUUGGAAACGACGAUGGUUUGUACUCAAAGGGGGUGAAUUGCUUUACUAUAAAUCUCCGAGUGAUGUAAUAAGAAAACCCCAGGGUCAGAUUGAAUUAAGUGCAUCCAGCCGUAUCGUAAGAGGUGAUGGAAAACAAACAGUUCAGCUGACUACAGAAAAACGAACUUAUUACAUGACUGCAGACUCCCCAAACAUCUUAGAAGAAUGGAUCAAAGUAUUACAGAAUGUUCUUAAAGUACAGGCUGCAAGCCCACUUUUUAUUCAACCAGAUGUUAAACCAGCGGUGAAAGGCUUGCUUACUAAGGUGAAACAUGGAUAUUCCAAGACAGUGUGGUGUAUGCUGGUUGGGAAAACUUUGUAUUAUUUCCGUAGCCAAGAAGACAAGUUUCCCUUGGGCCAGAUAAAACUAUUGGAAGCUAAAGUUGAAGAAGUUGAUCGAUCCUGUGAUUCAGAUGAAGAUUAUGAGGCCAGUGGUCGUAGCCUAUUAUCAACACAUUUUACCAUUGUCAUCCAUCCCAAGGAACAAGCCCCCACAUAUCUUCUAAUAGGAUCCAAGUAUGAGAAGGAUACUUGGCUCUAUUAUCUCACUGUUGUUGCUGGAAGCACAAAUAUAAAUGUUGGGACAGAGUUUGAACAGCUUGUCUGCAAACUGUUAAAUAUUGAAGGAGAACCCACUUCUCAAAUCUGGAGGCAUCCUACUCUUUGUCAUAGCAAAGAUGGAAUUACUUCUCCUCUUACGACCCUUCCAUCAGAGGCUCUGCAAACAGAAGCUAUAAAAUUAUUCAAGACAUGCCAGUUGUUUAUCAAUGCUGCUGUGGAUUCCCCUGCUAUUGACUACCAUGUGUCUUUGGCCCAAAGUGCAUUGCAAGUGUGUCUUACGCAUCCAGAGCUUCAGAAUGAAAUCUGUUGUCAAUUGGUAAAGCAAACAAGAAGACGACAGCCACCAAAUCAAAUAGGACCAGUUCAGGCCUGGCAGCUUUUAGCACUCUGUGUUGGACUCUUCCUUCCACAGCACCCAUUCCUUUGGUUCCUCAAACUUCAUUUGAAGAAGAAUGCAGAUUCCAGGACUGAAUUUGGAAAAUAUGCAAUUUACUGUCAACGAUGUGUAGAAAGAACACAACAGAAUGGUGACAGAGAAGCCAGACCAUCAAGAAUGGAAAUUCUUUCAACGCUUCUAAGAAAUCCCUACCAUCACUCCUUACCUUUUAGCAUUCCAGUGCAUUUCAUGAAUGGCAUAUACCAGGUUGUUGGAUUUGAUGCUUCUACCACUGUUGAAGAAUUUUUGAACACACUCAAUCAGGAUACAGGAAUGAGAAAACCAGCGCAGUCAGGAUUUGCUUUGUUUACUGAUGAUCCUUCUGGCAAGGAUAUUGAACACUGUCUUCAAGGAAACAUCAAGAUCUGUGACAUUAUUUCUAGAUGGGAGCAAGCCUCUAAAGAGCAGCAUCCUGGGAAAUGUGAAGGCACAAGAACAGUUAGGCUUACUUACAAAAACAGGCUCUAUUUUUCAGUACAAAUCCGGGGAGAGACAGAAAGAGAAAAGCUGCUGUUAAUGUAUCAGACAAAUGAUCAAAUUAUAAAUGGGUUCUUCCCUGUAAAUAAAGAUCUGGCACUAGAAUUGGCAGCACUUCUGGCCCAGGUGGAAAUUGGAGACUUUGAAAGACCUUUCUCAACUCCAGCAGGUCAAGUAACUUCCCAGUCAAAAUCUAAUCAAACUUUAAAACAAGUUGUAGAGAAAUUUUACCCCAAAAGAUACAGAGAUAACUGUUCAGAAGAACAGUUAAGACAGCUUUACCAGAGAUUAUCAACCAAAUGGAUGGCUCUUCGUGGGCAUACUGCUGCAGACUGUGUGCGCAUUUUCCUUGCUGUGGUACGGAAGUGGCCUCUCUUUGGUGCCAAGCUAUUUGCAGCAAAACUUUUGACAGUAUCCACAUUGGAGAGCACUUUGAUAUGGCUUGCUGUUUCUGAAAAUGGUAUUAACAUUCUUGAAUAUAACUCCAUGAGGUUAAUAGUGACAUAUUUAUAUAAGAACCUAGUGACCUUUGGAGGUUAUCAGGAAGACUUUAUGCUGGUGGUAAACAACAUGAAUACAGAAGAGAAGCAUACUGAAAAACUCUUGUUUACGUUUGCCAAACCAAAGAUCCUUGAGAUUACUCUGCUGAUUGCCAGCUACAUUAACAAUUUUCAUCAACAGAAGAGAACAGCUCAAGAAUUUUCUGCUCCAGUUUUACUAUCUCCACAAUCAAGAAAUCCAAAAUCUAAAGACAUAGAAUGUCAUCCAUUUUUAGUGCAAAACAGACCAACCAAAGGACCUACUUUGUUAUGAAAAGUUCAGAUAUCUAUGAAUAGUGAGGCUAAGUAUAUCAUUUAUAUUAGGUUACUAUAUUGGAAGGAUAGCCUGUUGUAAAGUAGAAAUUAACAAUAUCUCCUACAAGUUUAUUCUUUUCCCAAGCUUGGGACUCUCAGAUGCGAGUUGCAAAAAUUCAGAUAUCCCCUGGAUGACAGUAAAAAAAUACAAAAACUAUCUUUUCUGCCUUCCAGUAGCUAUCUGGAUUUUUUGCAUCCCAGAAGUACUAGUUCUACUCAAGCUGAAAGCUGUGGUACGCAAAAAAAUUCUUCAUGACUAUUAGGAUAUACAAAAUUCAAAGAUAGAUAGAUAGAUAGAUAGAUAGAUAGAUAGAUAGAUAGAUAGAUAGAUAGAUAGAUAGAUAGAUAGAAUAUAUAGUAAUCCAAAUAGAAUUAUUCUGAAGAAACACUGUGAAUCUGGUAACAAAAAAUAAUCAGAACUUGCAGAAAUAAUAAAUAAUAAUAAUCUUUAGAUACAAAGAUUCAUACAAAACCUCUCCUUUCCGCCUUUCCUUGUAAACUCUUUCAGUGUUCUCUAAAUUGCUCCUAGACUUAGAAUUUUUACAAAAUGUGACUGCAUUCACACAUCAUGCUAAGCCAUCUCUUGUUAAAUAUGACAGAGUUCUUUCAGUGAGCAUAGUAAUUAUAGUUCUUUGGCCAGUUCAUAGUUUGUUUCUUCUCAUUUAACUGCACUUUCAUUACAUCCAUGUGGAUAGGUCAAAAGUUUGGGCAAGGCACAAGACAAAUUAGGAAUAACCCUGAACACAUGAAGCCUUACAUGACUUAUAAUGAUUUAGCCAACAGCAAAUUGUUGUUUCAAUCUGUAGUUUACUUCCCUAAAACAAGUAAUGGUUUAUUCACUGAUCCUAUUUGCAUAUUACCUUAUGCUAAAAACAAGCAAUUACAGCUUAGAAUGAUAUGUGAAUAUAGUGACUAUGCAUGUAGCAAGUCAUUUAGGAUGAAAGAGUGCUCUGUUACAAAGAUGUGUGCUUUUAGUCUUACUUGAUCAACACAUAUCCUUCUAUGAACUACCUUCUUGAGAAAACUGUUUUGCAUUUAAAUAACUGAUAAAACCUUAUAAAAAUAUAAUCUUUUCAUUAUGGUACUUUCAAACACAUCUCUUUCCACCAUUUUUUCCUUCUGCUCUCCUAUAUCAUUGGCUUGCAACUCAGGAUAUAAAUUUUGUUUUAGGACAGCACCCAUUGUCAGUACUGUAAAAUACUAUUGAGUUUAUGCUGUUUAGUUCUUAUCAUGUAAGUUAGCCCUUGAUGUUGCAGUCAUUCAGUGAUGAACAUGCAUGUAUGAAUUCAGUUUUAGUUUUGUUUAAGCAGUGUUGCUUAUAAAUGAAUUCUAAUUAUAUUUAUAAGCAGUACUGUUUAAACAAAAGACAACUCUCUCUGAGUAGUUUAAUAUUAGUAAAAAGUAGAAAAGUAUAUGUACUAUUAUUAGCAGUUUAAAUCAGCAAUGUGCAGAUCUUAGACUUGCAGGAUCCAUUUUGCUUUUUUCUAAGAGAUACACUUUGAAUUCAGGACAUAAAUACCAACACUAUCUGGUACACAAAAAUCAAUUCUUGAUUACUAUUCUUCCCCCCCGCCCCCGAUCUCCAUUUUCCAUUCUUCAUUUGAGUAGCAGAUAAUUGGAGAGUUGGCAGGACAGGGAGGGGAGAGAUUAUUUUGCUUUCACCAUUAAUAAAUCUUUGCCAACCUACUUCAGUCACCAAAAAGGCCAGCUGUUAGAUCUAGUAGCCAGCCUAUCCAGCCAACCUAUCCCUGGCAUAACUGAUUUAAUUAUUGACUAUUGAGGCAAUUCACAGAUCUGUUGUUUGUUUUUUUACAGGUUUACAGAACGAUUUAUCACUAUUACUAGUUAUUAUUUAUCACCAUCUUUUACACACGCAUAUUCUCAUAUACGUGAAUGCAGUUUCUGAAUUUUGAUAAAUACAUAUCUAAAGUUUGAACAAAGCUUGCCAUUUUCAAUUUUAAGAUAUGUGGUAAUAUUUACAGAGAGAAUAAUUUUAAAAAAUUACAGUAUACUAAAGAAUUCAGUGAAACAGAGAAUCACAUGGUUAUUCUAAACUUUUUUUUUUUUUAAUGUGUCUUAGUGGCUAAGCAUGGCUUAGUGCCCUGGUAUAGUCACAAUAUCUUUACUUUCGGUGCAAUCUAACUACUUGCUGGAAGCAUUUAGGUUUAGGCAGAAGUAUCCUGCCAAUGGAAAGGAGCUUUAUAGAUGGGACAGGAUAAAAUAUGUACUAAAAACUAGUACAGACAACCUGGUAUUGCAAAAGCUGCUGCUAUCCCAGCAUGGAAUUAGUAUUGCUAAUUUUUCUCCCACUGAAAUAGAAAGGAAACUCAGGAAAAAGAGGAGCUUAAUAUCUUGGCCAGAUGUGGUCCUUCGAUCAUGCUGCACCCAAUUCCCCAGUUUACUAUCAUUCUGCUUCAUCAUCUUGUUUGCAGUUUUGAUCAUUAAGAAACCCUCAGAUUCUUUAGUGGGGAAAGACUGUUCACAGAUCUCCUAAGUGUUGACAGAUGUACUUUGUCCAUUUCCAUCCCUUCCCUGCUGCUGCCUUAGAGCAUCUUACAGUAUCACCCAGACAUCAGUAAAGUGCGGUAAAACUUUUCUUCUUUAGUAGCAUCAGCACAAUAAUGGUUGACUCUAGAACACUGUUCUUCAACUUCAGCAACUUUCAGAUGUGUGGACCAACUCCCAGAGUUCCCUAGCCAGCAUGGCAUUUUCACAGAGUUUGUCACCUAUGCAAAAUACUUCCCCUUGUUAAAAAAAAAAAAAAAAAGUACUGUAUUAAAAGAAUAUACAAUUGCAUAACCAGCUAGCACUUCUGUAAAUGAAAAUUCUGCAGGUCUCUAUGUGUAGGCUUUUCAACCUAUCAUGCUGCUAAUUAGGACAGAUUUUGAGAAAAAAAAAUUUUUUAAGUCUGUUUAGACUUUAGAGUAGGGGGACGCGGUGGCGCA